AUGGCAGUCACUUUGAAGGUCACAAAUCGCUCCCCCAAAAAUCCCAUCAAACGUCUUCCUACCUCCAUCGAUAUCGACGAAACAACUACAGUUCAAGAUGUUAAAGAAAAAUUGGCCAAACAAAUUGGCGGUUGGGACCCCAAUCGAUUCGGUAUCUUCGAUCCAGAGCAAAAGAAGAUCUUAAAAGACAGGAAAGCCUUCAUUUCUCAACACAAAGAAGUCAUUAUUGGAAAGGAAAUCUUGAUCAAGGACUUAGGCCCUCAACUAGGCUGGCGCACUGUAUAUAUAAUCGAAUACCUCGGUCCAAUCCUAAUCCACCUUGGAUUCCCGCUCCUUCGCCCUUACAUAUACUCCCAACCUGUCGGGCCCCUCUCCAAUUCUCAGCUUCUUUCUAUGACCCUCAUAAUUCUUCACUUCCUGAAACGCGAAUAUGAAACGAUUUUCAUCCACCGAUUUUCCCUCUCUACAAUGCCAGCCAGCAACAUCUUCAAAAACUGCGCCCACUACUGGCUUCUUAGCGGUAUCUACAUCGCCUACUUCAUAUAUGCCCCUUCAUCCUACACCGCAUUGUCAUCACCGAAAUUGGACUUUUUAAACAUGGCUGGAGUGGCUCUUUACCUCUUCGGAGAGCUUUCAAACCUCAAAACCCAUCUCACUCUCUCGAACCUUCGCUCGCCGGGCGGAACUGAGCGUGGAAUUCCCCAAGGUUAUGGUUUCUCUAUGGUAACGUGCCCAAAUUAUUUCUUCGAGAUGCUCGCAUGGAUCGGUAUGAUACUCGUGACAAAAAGUUUGAGUACGGUCAUCUUCACUAUUAUCGGAACCGCACAAAUGCAGCAGUGGGCUGUUAAGAAGGAAAAGCAAUAUCGUAGUGAUUUCGGCGAUAAGUAUAAGAAAAAGAGAAGCGCUUUGUUUCCUACUCCAGGAGCCUUCGUUAAGGAACUUACUGGUUAA